GCAGGCUAUGUCUUGUCUCCUGUUGGGAGGGGCAGUUCUGUAUCACCAAGGCUCCCUCCAUAUCUAACAGUACACAGGAAGGCUUUUUCCCCACUUCAGGGUGGGUUUUGUUUUGUGGUGAAGGGCGGCAGGGCUUAGAGAUAAUUGUGACUUCUACCACAUUGCAUUCAGAGCCCUUGGAGGCUCCCGAUGGGCAACUGCACAAUAUCAGGCUCCUAAGCAGCAGCUGGUCACCAGGGAUGUAUCGGAUUCUGGGAAGAAAGGAGGGCUGUGGGGGAGGAUUGGAGAGAACCUGGAGCACCCCUCAAACUGUCCUUGGCUGUCCCUCAGUUCUAAGCCCCUUGCACUCACUUCUGAAGCCAGAUAUCUUUAAAAGGACACUUUUCUGAGAAUCCAGAAAAGACAGCGCCUGGGGGCUCCAGGGCCCAUCACUCUCUGUCUUCCUCCUGCUGUCUCUCUGCUUAUAGACCCUCUCCCUGGUAACCUGAGGACUGGCAGGCACUGAAUAGUCGACCAUACCAUUCAAAUUUCCAAAAGGGGGUGGUGGGAACCCCAGGCCCAUGGGGCAGUUAAACCCGCCUCCAGCUCUCACCAGUGUUUCCACAAAUGAGAGGGCUCCAAGGAGACAGGUUGGAGUGAGUCAGGCAAAGGGCUCCCCUCUCUUUAUAAAGAUCCCACUAGUUUGCCAUCUCUACGCUCCCAGCUUCCCCUCCCCCAGACAGGCUAGGACUCUCCCAACAAAACCAGGCCCAGCAGGAAAAGCAGGGAGAAAGCUAGUCCGCUGCAGAAGUAGGGUCACAGUCCCUGGUACAACUUGGACUUCCUGGGACAACUGGGAGACCUUGCCAUCGAGAAUACAGACCUCCAAGGCCACCAUGAGCACAGGGGGCUCCAGCCUCCCCAGCCUCCCAAGCUUCCUGAGGACUCCUGCCACUUCUGAGACUUUCACCCAGGCUGCUGACCCUGUGCCGGUUCUCAUUGCUCUGGCCUGCAUUUUUCUGCUGCUGGUUUCUUGUCUGCUGUUUAUGAUGCUGUGUAAGCCAACUGCCCUGGACCCUGGCCACCAAGUGGCCCGGGAAUGCAUGCCACAUCAUCCGGUGAGCUCCAGUGAGCCCAGGCUCCGGCUUUGGAAGCGCCUGGGCUCCCUGCGCCACUCUGUGCACAGCUUCCGGCGAGGCAGGCCUGCUGUCCAGCAGUGUCCCUUGCCGGGCCUUGAUGACCACCAAGGUGACUAUGAUUGCACUGAAGCCACCAAGAUGUGAUACAGUGCCCAUCCAUACACAGGCUCACCCAAGACCAUCCUGCCUCUGAUGGAGCCUAGCAUAGCAAGCUGUAGGAUACUAUACAGAUACUCUGGAUUCUAAUAUCACCCCAGUAUUUCCCUUUGUGUCUAGCCCAUGUCCUUUCCCGGAAGACUCUGAAGUCCCCUGAUUCUGCUUGCUAACAGACCCUUGGAUAAAAAGAUGAAUGAAUACCCACAGGCUUCUAGAUGUUUACUCUGUGACUCGGAGGGAGGACACUGCGGCACUCCCUUUUGGAAGCUAGGUAUUUACUGAUCCCAGAAAUAGCACCCUUUACCCCUCCAGAAACCUUGCUCAUCUUCUGAAGGUCCAGCUUAGACUAACUGCUAAAAGUCCCAGAUACCAAACCAAGUGGGGUGUCUGCCAAUGCUGGGUCUACACUAUCCUGCAUCUGUGCUAACUUAGUACCCCAGGGAAAUGGACCCAGGGAUCCCUUUCUUGACAUUUUGCCCCUUCUGGUGGAUCUGGUUGGUUGCCAGGCAGGGGACUAGCAAACAUCAAAUCAUGAGCCUGGGAGCCCCCUUAGUGGUCACCUGUCAAGAUGGGUUGGGAGGAUCUGAAGAUGGGUUAAGAUGUUUCCUGUAUGCUGAGUGUGAUAGUUCACACUUGUAAUCCCAGCACUCCACAGGCCGAGGCAGGAGGAUUGUCUAAGGCAGCCUGGGUUACAAGAUAACAUCCUGACUCAAAAUCAAAACAAAUCAGACAAACAAACAACAGGCUGUUGUCCAAGGCUAGGUGGAAGCUGUAUCACUGUGGUAGGAGGCUGACCACUGCCAGCACCAUGGGGUGUUGUCGGUACUCUGAAGAUGCAUGGCAGUGGUACUGUGUCUCACUGCAAAAGGGGUGGUCUCCUCUCAGACAGCAUGGACCAGACCUCUCAGGAUGGCUGCAGGACCAAAGCUGGAUGGACUAGCUGUGCUCUAUGUGUUGAGGCAACAACUUUGUCAAGUGACAUGUCAAACCAGGCCCACUCCUGUGUUGUACCGGGUGCUGGGAAUCCCACCCUCUGUUUCAUCUAUAGCCAAGGCCUUCUGCUGCAUCUUAGACCUGAAGAUGGAACAGUGGGAACCCGAGAUGCUUGGCUCCUCUCCCAGAGUCAAGAGCGCACCCCAGGGCUACCCGCUCCCCUCUGCUAUGACACCUAGUAAAGAUACUCUAGUCUUCCCAA